UAAAAAAUAUUUUUUUACGAUUUAGAUAAUAGUAUUUUAAAUUACAGUACUCUAAAUAAUUAGUUUAAAUUAAAUUUUUUGACAAAUGCAAUGUUUUUGUGAUGGUCUUAUCAGCCGAGACAAGAAAGUGUAUUGUUCACUUAUUGGAUGGUCAAAAGCUAGAUAUUCCUCUUCAGCCUAAACUUCUAACUAGCGAACUUUUGGAUAUUGUUGGAUCACAUUUUAACCUAAAAGAAAAAGAAUAUUUUGGAUUCUAUUACUAUGAUAUCAAGGAAAACAGAUGCUGGAUGAGGGAAAAUAAAAAAGCAUUGGAUCAUGACUUUCAAAAAAUAAAUCCAAUUGUUUUAUAUUUCUCUGUGAGAAACUUUGUUCCAAGUGUAGCAACUCUUAAGGAAAGCCACACAGUUGAACUAUUUUUUCUUCAAAUUCAAAAAUUGGUAUUUCAGGGUGAAUUAGAAUGUCACAGUGAAACUAUAUUUAAACUUGCAGCCUAUGUAUUGCAGGCAACACAUGGGGAUUAUGUUAGUAAUAAUAUAGCUGCAAAUGAUUUAAAAAAUCUAAAUGUAAUACCAAUAAAGACUCAACAUGAAUACCCAACACCUUCUUAUUGUGAGUUGAAAAUAAUAGAACACUAUCGCAAUUUUGAUGGCAUGACAAGGGGUGAAGCUAUAGUUAAUUACAUUGGAGAUGUAGAAAGAUUACCUAUGUAUGGAAAUCAUUGUUACAAUGUGAAGGACAAAGAUCAAAAUUCCUGGAUUCUUGGCCUAAGUCAUCGUGGUGUGUCAGUGUUUGAUAUUCAAAAUAAAUCUUUGCCUCAAAAGAUAUUUCGAUGGAGUCACUUAGAAAAUAUUUAUUAUAAAGAUAAGAAAUUUUCCAUUGAGUAUCGUGAAGGCCCAAGGCAACAUCAGUCAAUGUUAAAAUUAAAUACUUUUCGAAAAAGUAGUAAUCAUAUAACAAUACAAGCAUGGUAUUCUUCUACAACAGCUCAAUGCCGUGAAAUUUGGUUAAUGGCUGUGUCUCAGCAUCAAUUUUAUUUGGAUAAAAAAUUAAAUCAGUCAAAGCAUGCUCCAAAAUCGUUAAGAGAUGUUGCUAAGAGUCUAUGCAAAUCUUCAUCUUCAUUAUCUUCAAUGUAUUCUGGUAGUAUUGGUGGUUAUAGUAGUAGCCUCAGCGAUACUGCUUCUUUUUAUUUUUCUUUGGAUGGUGAAAGUAUUACUUCUUCUCAAAUGGUUGUUGCUGAAAAAGACUUGUACUAUGCACUAAAAGCUCGAAAAGAAUUUCUCCAAGAGUUGUUAAUUGAAAAGCGAGAACUAUUAAAUGAGCUCUGCCUGCGUGAAGCAGAUUUAACUGGGCAGCUUCCAAGUGAUCUUCCGGAAAGUCCUACACACCCCGGAAUGCCAAUGCGACGAAAGAUGGGAACUAGUUUCCAGUUUGAUGAAUCACUAUUUUCAAACCAACAUGACAGUGAUGAGCAAGAAUAUGACCGGUUACUGCGUGAUUACCAGAUUCAAAAGCAAAUUACAAAUGCUGCUCAGCGUAUAGCUAUGGAUACAUCAGCUCAAAAGAAAGUUCGUAAAGCCAGAAAAAUUACUUAUCAAAAGUCUUUAGUUAAGUUAAAAACUAUGGAGCAACAGUUGGAAUAUUUAAAACGUGAUGCUGCUAAAGUUACAAGUGAAGCAAUGUCUCGGUUAAUUAAGCAAGAUGAAAAUGAAAGUAAUGGCGAUAGUUUAGGACCAAUUGAUGGAGAAUCGUUGGACUCAGACAGAAAUAGUCAUUUGCAUAGUCGACCGUCGCGUUACUCUAUGUUUCUUGCAACUCCUGUUGUUAGUUCUGCAAACAAAGGAUUAGAUCAAAUGAAGCGACGUCCAUCUCCUGUUAUGUCUCUUGUUUCUCCACGCUAUGACGCUGUUAAAGACUGUUACCGUAAAAAUGAUUUUUUGGGCGAAGGUGCAACACGUAACAAUUCGUAUUUAUCAUUAAGAAAAUACUCUGACGAUUGCUUAACAAAAAAAUCUUCUCGCUCAUCUUCUGAUAUUACAGCAAUAAGACACGAUAGUGCUGAUAAGCUUAACACGGCGCAAUCUCAUACAGACGAAAGUUUUGUUUGUGGGGAAUUUGAAAACACUGGUAUGUACAGCAUAGGAGCAGUAAAAAAAAUGGACUUCAGUUCUACUUAUUCGAUACCUCUUUCAAAAAGCAAUCCAGGUAUUGCUCAAACUCGCAUGCACGCCUCGCCAAGUACACUUCGACGAUUACAAAUGCUAGCGCUUUCUCCAUCUCACAAAAGGGUGGGAUCUUUAGGGUAUAUGUAUUCCCAGUCAUCGCUAGCAAGUAGCAGCGAGUAUUCUGAGAUGUCGUGGCCAGAUGUUGUACCAGAACAAACUUUGGUGUAAAAAUAACAAAUUAAAAGAAUUUUCGAAAUAACUUAUUAAAGCAACUUUUAAUACGGCGCGUUUAAUCUUUUUACAAAUGUUAUUACUUAUUAUAUAAACAGCAAACUUCAUAGUAAACACGAUAUGAUUUUAACACUACUAUAAACUUGUUUAUUUUGUUUUUAAUUUUUGCUUGCGCUAGGACAAAUAUUUUUUAAAAGCAUCGCGGUAUUUAUUAAAGCUGAUUUUCUAUUGGUUUUAAGAUGUAUAUUGAUAAAAUAUUUUAAGACAUAAUUUCACAGAAUCUAUUUGUAAUAUUUUGUUCUAGUUUUUUGUUGUUUUUUAAAAAAAAUUUAAAUCAAACAGCUAUUGUGAUAUAUCUUAUUUAUUUUUAAAUCUAUUGUUUUAUUUGCGUUGGUUUAUUUAGUGCAUUUCUUCUGCUCUCAAUAGGAGAUUUAGGCAAUUUAAAAUUUUUUAUUUCAUCCUUAAACUCAAAGUAUAAGUUAAUAUAAGUUAUAGCUUUUUAACUACUGAAAAUGUUGUAAAUAUAAAGAUGAUGUAAUACUUUGUCAUAGUUUAUUUAUAUUAUAUAACAUGUUUUUUCA